AGCAGGUUACUAAUUCAUUCCCCUCUUUCUCUCAGGUUCAGAAGCAGCCUGCCAGGCACUGGGCCCAAAUGAAGCCCCCAGCCUCUGUCCGCAACUGUGCCAUCCUGCUGGUCCUGUUGCCGCUGCUGGCUGUCCUCCAGACCACCCAUGCCCAAAAGAAUGCCAUCGACAUCUACAGCCUCACUGUGGACUCCAAGGUCUCCUCUCGGUUUGCCCACACGGUCAUCACCAGCAGGGUGGUCAACAAAGCGGAUUCCAUGCAGGAGGCCACCUUCCAGAUAGAGCUGCCCAAGAAAGCCUUCAUCACCAACUUCUCCAUGAUCAUCGACGGUGUGACCUACCCAGGGAACAUCAAGGAGAAGGAUGCAGCACAGGAGCAGUACAGUGCGGCCGUGGCCAGGGGGGAGAGCGCUGGCCUUGUCAAGGCCACUGGGAGAAAGAUGGAGCAGUUCCAGGUAUCGGUCAGUGUGGCUCCCGCUGCCAAGGUCACCUUCGAGCUGGUGUAUGAGGAGUUGCUCAAGCGGCGUCUGGGAGUGUAUGAGCUGCUGCUGAAAGUCCAGCCCCGGCAGCUGGUCAAGCACCUGCAGAUGGACAUUCACAUCUUCGAGACUCAGGGCAUCAGCUUUCUGGAGACAGAGAGCACCUUCAUGACCAAUGAGCUUGCAGAGGCCCUCACCGUCUCACAGAACCAGACCAAGGCUCACAUCCGAUUCAAGCCGACGCUGUCCCAGCAACGGAAGUCUGCAGAGCAAGAGGACACAGUGGUGGAUGGCGACUUCAUCGUCCGCUAUGAUGUGAACCGCACCCUCUCUGGAGGCUCCCUUCAGAUCGAGAAUGGCUACUUUGUGCACUACUUUGCCCCAGAGGGUCCGUCCAUGAUACCCAAGAAUGUGAUCUUCGUCAUUGACACCAGUGGCUCCAUGAUGGGCAAGAAAAUCCGGCAGACUCAGGAAGCCCUCAUCAAGAUCCUAGAGGACCUCAGGCCCGAAGACCACUUCAACCUCAUUACCUUCAGCAGGGAGGCAACCCAGUGGAAGCCAUCUCUGGUGCCAGCUUCAACCCAGAAUGUGGAGGAGGCCACGAAAUAUGCUAACACCCUCAAGGCCCAUGGAGGAACCAAUAUCAACGAUGCGAUGCUGAUGGCCGUGCAGCUGCUGGAGACAGCCACCCGGGAGGAGCAGCUGCCCUCAGGGAGCGUGUCCCUUCUCCUCCUCCUCACUGAUGGCGACCCCACUGUGGGCGAGACCAACCCCAGCAAGAUCCAGAAGAAUGUGCAGGAGGCCAUAGGUGGUCAGUACAGCCUCUUCUGCCUGGGCUUUGGCUUCGACGUCAGCUACGCCUUCCUGGAGAAGCUGGCGCUGGACAACGGCGGCCUGGCUCGGCGCAUCUACGAGGACUCGGACUCCGCCCUGCAGCUGCAGGACUUCUACCAGGAGGUGGCCAAUCCCCUGCUGACCACUGUGACCUUCGAGUACCCAGGCAGUGUUGUGGAGGAAGUCACACAGCACAACUUCCGGCUGUUCUUCAAGGGCUCCGAGAUGGUAGUGGCCGGGAAGCUCCAGGCCCAGAGCCCUGAGGUGCUCUCAGCCCAAGUCAGCGGGAAGCUGUCCACAGAGAACAUCACCUUCCAAGUGGAGUCCCAGGUGGCAGAGCAGGAGGAGGAGUUCCAAAAGCCCAAGUACAUCUUCCACGGCUUCAUGGAGAGACUCUGGGCGUACCUGACCAUCCAUCAACUGCUGGAGCGAAUGGUUUCCACGUCCGAUGCUGAUAAGAAGGCCCUGGAGAAGCAAGCUCUGUGCUUGUCGCUCAACUAUAGCUUUGUCACCCCCCUCACGUCCAUGGUGGUCACCAAACCAGAAGGCCAAGAACAAGUUGCUGAGAAGCCCGUGGAAAGUGAAAAGGUUCCAUCAAGUAAGGGCCUAAUACCUUCAAAGGCUGGCAUUGGUGAUGGGUGGCUGUAUCAGGACCUCGGACCCCAGUCUCACAAAGUUGCUGGCCAAGGCCUCUCCAGCCCAGCCUGCUGCCAGGAGGGGGCUCUGUCUGCCCAAGCACAUGGGUGCUUUAGACACCUGUUUGCUCAGACAUUGGCUGUCCUGGGCGCUAGGGGCACAGUCCCCAUCCAGCUGGAUGCACACCCAGGUCUCUCUGAUUUCCAGGUCGCAUUGUCUUCAGACAUCGAGCCAUGGGACACACAGGGCCCAAAUUACCAGGUAUCAAAGCAGGGGAGUGGAGAAGGAACCCUGGCCACACCCAUACACUAUCCCAUCCUUCCGUUGGCCGGGCCCCGAACUCUGAAAAGGACAUGCCUAAACAAAGACUUUUUCUUCCAGAAACAAGCCCUACAGCCCCACCACCAGAUUGUUCUACCUGCCCCAGCAACCACAUCUGCUGCCCCAGCCCCCAUCCAGGCUCCCACCGUCAUCCUGCCUCUGCCGGGGCAGAGCGUGGACCAGGUCUGCGUGGACAUCAAGCGCACCCCGGGGCCAUCAUUACGCCUGCUCUCAGACCCUGACCAAGGUCUCGAGGUGACUGCGGAGUAUAAUAUGCAGAAGGCCCAGUUCUCCUGGAUCAAGGUGACUUUCAAGAAUCCCCAGCUGCAGGUCCAUGUGUCCCCUGAGCACGUGGUCCUGACUAGGGGCCGAAGAAGCUCUGAGUACAAAUGGAAGGAGACGCGGUUUGUGGUGAUGCCUGGGCUCACGAUGACCAUGGACAAGGCGGGGCUCCUGCUGCUCAGCAGCCCAGACAAAGUGACCAUCGGCCUGCUGUCCUGGGACGGCCCUGGGCAGGGGCUUCGGCUGCUUCUGCGGGACACUGACCGCUUCUCCAGCCGCGUCGACGGGAUCCUUGGCCGCUUUUACCAGGGCGUGCUCUGGGGGCCGCCAGAUGCCACAGAUGACAGCAAGCGAACACUGAGGACUCAUGGGUUUGACUACAGUGCCACCAGAGUCUCCAUCUUUGGGCCCACAGAGAACAUCACCUUCCAAGUGGAGUCCCAGGUGGCAGAGCAGGAGGAGGAGUUCCAAAAGCCCAAGUACAUCUUCCACGGCUUCAUGGAGAGACUCUGGGCGUACCUGACCAUCCAUCAACUGCUGGAGCGAAUGGUUUCCACGUCCGAUGCUGAUAAGAAGGCCCUGGAGAAGCAAGCUCUGUGCUUGUCGCUCAACUAUAGCUUUGUCACCCCCCUCACGUCCAUGGUGGUCACCAAACCAGAAGGCCAAGAACAAGUUGCUGAGAAGCCCGUGGAAAGUGGGCUGGAGGAGGGGAAGCUGAUUGCUCUGAAUCCUGACUGCCUUCUCCCUUUUUCGUUUCUGGCUAUUCCUGUACUAGCAUCUCUCUCUGCCGGUGGUUCCAUUUUAGUGGUUGAUAAUCCACGUUACACAAGGAAAGAAACAAGCCCUACAGCCCCACCACCAGCCCCCAUCCAGGCUCCCACCGUCAUCCUGCCUCUGCCGGGGCAGAGCGUGGACCAGGUCUGCGUGGACAUCAAGCGCACCCCGGGGCCAUCAUUACGCCUGCUCUCAGACCCUGACCAAGGUCUCGAGGUGACUGCGGAGUAUAAUAUGCAGAAGGCCCAGUUCUCCUGGAUCAAGGUGACUUUCAAGAAUCCCCAGCUGCAGGUCCAUGUGUCCCCUGAGCACGUGGUCCUGACUAGGGGCCGAAGAAGCUCUGAGUACAAAUGGAAGGAGACGCGGUUUGUGGUGAUGCCUGGCCUCACGAUGACCAUGGACAAGGCGGGGCUCCUGCUGCUCAGCAGCCCAGACAAAGUGACCAUCGGCCUGCUGUCCUGGGACGGCCCUGGGCAGGGGCUUCGGCUGCUUCUGCGGGACACUGACCGCUUCUCCAGCCACGUCGACGGGAUCCUUGGCCGCUUUUACCAGGGCGUGCUCUGGGGGCCGCCAGAUGCCACAGAUGACAGCAAGCGAACACUGAGGACUCAUGGGUUUGACUACAGUGCCACCAGAGAGCUCAAGCUGGAUUACCAAGAGGGGACCCCGGGAACAGAGAUUUCUUGCUGGACUAUCAAGCUAUUUUCCUGAUGGCAGGAGUUAUACCCACUCAUCCACCCACCCCCAUGCCACCCCACUGUGUGCAGAUGGCUGUCAUCUGUGACCAGAGCCGCCUGUUGGGUCUCGCCGUGAUGGGGAGGGGAGUGCCACUUACUACAAAUAAAGGAAGGUAGUG